ACUUUGCAAAUUGCGAGAAAAACUCUGAAACAUUGAGUUGAAGACCGAGUUAAAUCGCCAGAUUCAAUGUAAAGCUUUUCUUUUGUCGCUAACUUUGUGGAAUUUAGAUUUUUCGUGCAACCAUGGCUGGGGUUAUGCAGAAGUUCCUUAUUGCAUCAAUGUUCAUGUGGAUUCUUCCUAUUGCGAUAUUAUAUGGAUUCAACAAUGAUUUGCUUCCUGGUUCAACAACAUUGUCUCCACAUUCUCUGACACUACUUAGUGGAUUUCUUGCGGUGGUAUCAGUCAAUGUAGUGAUUGUUUUCUACAUCUGUCUGGCCUUGAAAGAACCUGUGGAUAAACACAAGCCAGACGCUUCUUUUGUGGCAGAGGCCAAAGAUAGUGUGAAGAAAUUGACAUCAGGAGUCACAAGUACAGACCCUGCGCUCAAGAAACAAGAGUGAGCUAAAAACACAUUCCAUUAUCUUAAAACAAGGAACAGCGUUAGAUUGCAUCAGAUGGAGCAGAGCUCAGGUUCUUGCAAUGUAUUGUUUUGUAACUGCAGAAGUUCUUGGCUGCUGUGUCAUUCUGUACUGUGACAUCUGAGGGUUUUGGGUUGGUUGAGUAGAAAAAUACGCCAUGUUGAUUUUGAACAGAGCCAAGAGCUAAUGUUUUAGGACAAAAUUUCACAAAACCAUAACAGUUGUGUCCAUAAUUGUCUAAUUUUAAGCAGGUUGAUCGGUUUUGUCCAUA